AUGAGGUUCAAAGAUCCAUCUCAAUUAAAAUCAAUGUUAUGCAACUAUGUUGUUGCGAAGGGUUACCAACUUUGCUUUGAGAAAAAUGAUAGGAAAAGAUUGUUGGUUAAGUGUUGCAAGGGUAUCCGCAAAGGGGAGUUAUUAUGUGAUGUUGGAAGGGAUGCAAACAUUAGGAAUUAUCCUAUUGCAUGGGCAGUAGUAUGUGUGGAGAAUAAGGAAGAUUGGAGGUGGUUUUUGGAUUUACUCAUUGAUGACUUGAGACUUAACUUAGGCUACGGAUACAAUGUAAUAUCGGAUCAACACAAGAGCAUAGGCGGUGUGCCAAACAUAUUAGCCAAAACCUGUAGGAAAAGGUAUAGUGGUGUACAAUAUGAAAGCAUAUUCUGGAAGGCAUGUAAAGCAACAACAGAAGAAGAAGCUAAUCAUCACCAUGUUAGAGGAGUUGAGGAUGUAUAUGAUGGAGAAGGUGUUCAACAAGAAAUUGGACUAAAUCAGUUUGAAGUAAGAGGAACUACAGAUGCUUAUGAGGUGGAUCUUGAAGAAAGAACUUGCUCAUGGAGGCUUUGGCAGCUUAAUGGAAUCGGUUGUGUCCAUUCUGUUGCAAUUAUUAGUUUUAUGAAUCGGGAUGCGGAGUCAUAUGUGGACAAAAUGUUUAGUAGCAUCACUUACAUGAAGGCAUACAAGUUUAGGUUGGCACCUAUGAAUGGAAGUAAUUUGUGGCCUGUAACUGAUUACACCCCACCUUUACCUCCUGUUCGUAGAACUAUGCCUGGGAUACCUGCAACUAAAAGGAAAAUGGAUGCAACAAAAAACCCAAACCAGUCAACUAAAAAAUCAAAGAAAACUACCCAAACACAAAACAAAGGUAAGGAGCAGGUGAAGGGUGUAAUUGAAGCAGUAAAUGAUGAUGGAGGAGCAGUAAAUGAUGGUGGAGAAGCAAUCAAUGAGGUGCAUGUACAACAAGACUAUGAUGAGGUGGAACUCACUCCUUUGGAGUUUGAUACAUCAACAAAUAGAGAACCUAGUCAGGUUUAUGUGCAAGAACAGGAGGCUAGAGAAACACCAGUUGCAACCAUGUUUAAGAAAAUUCAGGAGGAAGAAAUCUGA